AUGCCGAAGCCAAAGUCUCUUCUGAAAGACUCCAAAGCUAAGAACAAAAGGAAAACCACUCAACAGGCUCCUGAGACUGCAGAUGAGUUCUUAGCUGUUGGCGUCGAACAGGAAGAGGCUGGCGAAAAAUGGCGAGCUGGUGACGCAGCAAAAUCUAUGCGCUUUUUUAUGCGCGCCAUUGCAACUUAUGAUAACGGCCUUAAAAAGUACCCUCAUGCAUUUGACUUGGCAUACAACAAAGCAAGAGUUCAAUAUGAAAUCACCCAGCACCCCAAGUUGGCUGCACAGCUGCCUGCUCCACUAGCAGAUAUUUUGAACAUAACACUACAGUCUCAUAGGGAGGCCCUCAAUCUAGAUCAAGACAAUGCGGAUGCUCUAUUCAACACCGCUCAAGUGCUCACAAGCCUUGCUGAGGUAGUCACGGAUACCAAACAUCCGUCUGACACACAGCUUUGCCGGGCAGUCAAAUACCUGCAGGAGGCAAUAGAGCUCUUCCAACGUUGUCUCAUCAUUCAAGAGAUGCGUUAUACUGAAAUGCAGGAACAGAUCAAAUUGAUGGAGUCUGGAAAUGUGGGUCCACGCGAGGAAGAAAUGCAAGAGCAAACCAUGCAGGAAAGCACAGAGAAUGCAGGUGAAUCGAGGCCUUCUGAUCAACAAGAGCAAUGGGCUGCUGUGAUUGAGCCAGUGACCAAGGAUACCCUCGUCGACACAGCGGUGGCACAGUUGGAGACGCUCACAACUCUCUGCAACUUGCUUACCUUUAAUCCCGGAGUCGGACUUGGUUGGGUUGAAGAAUCCUCUGCAGACUUGCUCCAAGAGAAGAUCUCUGCAUACGUUGAGGGUUCUAGCAGACACUACGAAGCAUCUUUGGCCCGUGCCAAAUUUACCUGCGCUCUGAACGAGGUGUUGUACCGAAGCGGGCGAAUCGAUGUUGAAACUUAUCAAACAGAAAUCGCACAUGUCUUUGGUCCUGAUCUAGACCUCUCUGCGGACCCCGAAGGCCUCUGCAGCAAAGCAGAUGCGCUCACGUCGUUCAACACGGCCGUUACGGAUUUGCCUCCCUCGCACGACCAUGAGGUGUUUAAAAAUUCACUAAUUUUGCGGUGGCAAUCGCUAUCAGCUGCUUUGGAUGCCUUGACGAAGGCUUCCAAACUUCCUGAUGCAGAUAACCUGCCCAGAAUUCAUGUUGCACGAGGAGACGUAGAGAUGAACAGGUGGAGACUCGGCAUGUCUCCGUGGGAAUACACCAUGGCUCAACAAAAUGCCACUGUUCUCCUCCGGAACGCUCAAACAUAUUAUCGAGGCGCCGCAGCUCUCGCACGCAGAGAUGGGAAUGCAGACGAAGAACGUGAUGGAACAUGCAAGGAAGCCCUGGCAGCCGCUUUAGAAGGCCAGAAAGACAAAUUGCAACAGCUCAAAGCCACCGCAUUUAAGGAGCUUAUGAUCGUUGCAAAAGAUGUGGUGGAUGACGGGUGGGUAAGCCCCCGGGAUAUGGAAGCACUACUGUCGUAA